AUUUUGCGGUCAGUUGUGAUUUAAACUCCUAACAUUCUAACGUGUGUUUCCCUCGGGUAUCAGAAUAAAAAAGAAAAAAAAUAAUGAUAUUUUUAUCCCUCUUGCUGCUAGCUACUUUAGCCCUGUGGCUGUGGGUAAGGGAACACUAUUCGUAUUGGGAAAAACGCAAUGUACCUCAUGAGAAACCAUUGCCUUUCAUCGGCAAUAUGCGGGGCCUGGGGCGCCAAUAUCAUUGGAAGGAUAUCAAUGAGAGAAUCUAUAAGAAAUUUAAAAAUACCACACCCAUUGCCGGAUUUUACACUUUUACAACAAGGGCUGCCUUUGUCAUGGAUUUGGAUGUUGUGAAAGAUAUUAUGAUAAAGCAAUUUCAAAGUUUCACUGAUCGUGGUCUGUUCCAUAAUGAGCGAGAUGAUCCUUUGACGGCGAAUCUCUUGUUUUUGGAUGGCGAGAGGUGGCGAGUGUUGAGGCAUAAGGUUUCGCCGGUAUUUACCACCGGCAAAAUGAAGUUUAUGUUUCCCACAGUGGUGCAGGUGGGUGAGAGAUUGGAACCGGCAUGUUUGAAAUUCAUAAAUUCCGAGGAUGGAAGUGGCAUUGUGGAGGCCAAGGAUUUGUGUGCACGCUAUACCACCGAUGUCAUUGGCACCUGUGCCUUUGGCAUUGAAUGCAACAGCCUCAUUGAUCCCCAGGCGGAAUUUCGCAAAAUGGGUAGAUCGAUUUUUGAAAAGCCACGCCACAAUGGAGUGAUACAGGGUCUAAUGUUCACACAACCCAAAUUGGCCCAAAAGCUGCGCAUGAAAACCUUCAGCGAUGAUGUGGCCGAAUUUUUCAUGACGGCCGUCAAGGAAACAGUGGAAUAUCGGCAGAAAAAUAAAAUUCGCCGUAACGAUUUUAUGGAUAUGUUAAUUGAAAUGAAAGAGGAGAGGGAUAGGCUGCUGAGCGAGGGGCAAUCAGUAGAUGAGGGGGAUGUGAGCGGUGGCCUGACACUGGAACAAUUGGCUGCCCAGGCCAUGGUAUUCUUUUUGGCUGGAUUUGAUACCUCAUCGACCACAAUUUCAUUUUGUCUCUAUGAGCUGGCCUUGAAUCAGGAGGUGCAGGAUAAAGUGCGCCAAGAAAUUUUGGAAGUAUUGGGGAAUAACAACAAUCAACUGACCUAUGAGUCGCUGAAGGAUAUGAAAUAUUUGGAUAUGGUCAUAUCAGAAACUUUGCGCAAAUAUUCCGUCACACCGCAUCUGGUGCGCAUGUGUGUCAAAGACUAUCAGGUCCCGAAUACCGAUAUUGUUUUGGAAAAGGGUCUUCGCGUGAUUAUCCCCCUCGAUUCAAUACAUCGUGACGGCGACUAUUUUCCUGAGCCGGAAAAAUUCAAUCCCGACCGUUUUCGCCCCGAAGAAGUGGCAAAACGUCAUCCCUUCUCAUUCCUGCCAUUCGGUGAUGGUCCACGCAAUUGUAUUGGCAUGCGUUUUGGUAAAAUGCAAGCCCAGAUAGGUCUGAUUUGCCUGCUGCAAAAGUUCCGUUUCGACCGCUGCCCUCAAACUCAGAUCCCAAUGCGUUAUAGUAAAUUGAGUUUUUUGCUGGGCUCCGAGGGUGGGGUUUACUUGAAGGUGGAAAAGUUGGAAGAAAAAAAUAAAUAAUAGACAUUUUAGAAUUAACAAAAUUGAAACAUUUUUCAA